CUCGCGCAGGGACCCCGGCUAGCGGCCCCCUGACCGUCGGCCCCGGGCUUGCCGGCUGCGGGAGCGGCUUCAAGAUGGACGAGGACGGCGGCGGCGAGGGCGGCGGCGUUCCUGAAGACCUUUCAUUAGAAGAAAGGGAAGAGCUUUUGGACAUUCGUCGAAGAAAAAAGGAACUUAUUGAUGACAUUGAGAGGCUGAAAUACGAAAUCGCGGAGGUGAUGACCGAGAUCGACAGCCUGACGUCUGUGGAGGAGAGCAAAACCACUCAAAGGAACAAGCAAAUCGCUAUGGGAAGAAAGAAGUUCAACAUGGAUCCCAAAAAGGGCAUUCAGUUUCUGGUAGAGAAUGACCUGCUGCAGAGUUCCCCGGAGGACGUCGCCCAGUUCCUUUACAAAGGAGAAGGCCUGAAUAAGACGGUCAUCGGGGACUACCUGGGGGAAAGGGACGAGUUUAACAUCAAGGUUCUUCAGGCUUUUGUCGAACUCCACGAGUUUGCCGACCUCAACCUUGUACAAGCGUUAAGACAGUUCUUAUGGAGCUUCCGACUGCCCGGAGAGGCGCAGAAAAUCGACCGUAUGAUGGAGGCCUUCGCUUCGCGCUACUGCCUGUGCAACCCCGGUGUCUUCCAGUCCACAGACACGUGCUACGUGCUGUCGUUCGCCAUCAUCAUGCUCAACACCAGCCUGCACAACCACAACGUGCGCGACAAGCCCACGGCAGAGCGCUUCAUCACCAUGAACCGCGGCAUCAACGAGGGCGGCGACCUGCCCGAGGAGCUGCUGCGGAACUUAUACGAGAGCAUUAAGAACGAGCCGUUCAAGAUCCCCGAGGAUGACGGGAACGACCUGACGCACACGUUCUUCAACCCCGACCGGGAGGGCUGGCUCCUGAAGCUGGGCGGGCGCGUGAAGACCUGGAAGCGGCGCUGGUUCAUCCUCACCGACAACUGCCUGUACUACUUCGAGUACACCACGGACAAGGAGCCCAGGGGCAUCAUCCCGCUGGAGAACCUCAGCAUCCGGGAGGUGGAAGACCCGCGCAAACCCAACUGUUUUGAGCUUUACAACCCGAGCCACAAGGGCCAAGUCAUCAAGGCCUGCAAGACGGAGGCGGACGGGCGCGUGGUGGAGGGGAACCACGUGGUGUACCGGAUCUCGGCGCCCAGCCGCGAGGAGAAGGACGAGUGGACCAAGUCCAUCCAAGCCAGUAUCAGCAGGGAUCCUUUCUAUGACAUGCUGGCCACGAGGAAGAGGAGGAUUGCCAACAAGAAGUAGAGCUGGCCUGGCUGCAGCAGGCCAAGAGCAGACGCCACCCCCGGCACCGGUGACCGGCAGCGGGCAGCGCCGCCCGCGCCACUCGUGGGCCACCCUGAAACCCCGCAGCGCUCCCGCGGCACGCCCUGGGCGGGGUGGGGUGAACACUCUAAAGCCACUGUUCUCAGAAUGGGGAAGGAAAAGCUACCACUGUUUUUAUGAGGAUUUUUUUCUCAGAUAUAUAGGAUUAUAGCUUUUAUAUGCCUUUUUAUACUCUGAAAUUAUAACAAAAGAUACUUUCUAACAGUAGUAUUUUUAGAAUGGCAGCUAUAAAUUUAACUCCUGAACACAAGCAUGUGCUGUGCACUGACCCCCACACACGUGCACACACACACGCAUGCACCAGGGCAGGCGUGGCCCCUUAGGGAGUGGGAAGAGUGCCCCUCCCUUCAGCCCCGGCUACCAUCUGAGUAAGCGAGGCCUAGACUGUGGUGACGGCGGCUUCAGGGUGGGCCCAGCACACGGCGGCCCGUGGCAGCCCGACGCCGCACACCAGCUCUGACCACAGUGCUGUGAAGACCCCAGGCGCACGCCAGUGUCUGUCACUGGGACACUCACUUCACAGGUCCUCCCGCCAUGGUGGCGCCUGGGCCGCUGACAGCAGGCCGGAGGGGGCACCAAGGGGCCCUGUGUGCCGGGGCCAGGCCUCUCCCCGUCAGGCGCCUCCUGCCCUGGGCCCCUUCUCCCCACCCGGGGUGCAGAGGCGCACCUGCAAGCUGCAGCCUUCGGAGGCCGAUUUUGCUCCUGAGCAAAUCGAAGUUGAGGGAAGCAGCUCUGCUGUGUGCAGGGCACACCGCGGGGAGCCGCCCAGGGUCGACAGCACCCAGUCUUGACGGCGGCUGCCGAGGGGCCAAGGCCCAGGCCCACCACUUCCUGCACAGGCUCGCUGGUGUGUCCAGGCCUCAAGGCUUCCUGACCAUUCUCAGGCCUCGGAUCUGAAGCUGGAGUCGCUGAGGACGGCGGGCAGCAUCCUUCCGGUGCCCGGGUGGCACACACUCCAGGGGCCGGCCCCGCAUCUGCAGAGCUGGGAGAGGUGAGCCUGGCUGGAGUCACCUGGUGACAAACCCCUGCCUCCACGGCCGUGGCGCCCACCACCUAGGCACUCGCU